ACAUAGAUCUAGAGUAUACAUGUAUGAAGAGGGCGAAAUCCGACCGCAAGCGAAGAAUCCAUUCUUUGAUAACCUUUGACGAUUGGUACCCACCAGCAUACAUCAUCAUCUUUGACCUUGAUGCCCCCGCCCCGCAUCCUCAGAUCUCACACUGCUCUGCCCUGAACCACCACCUUUACUUCCAGUCCUCAUACCGCGUCAUUCGUGACAAAGAUUGGCAUUGGGACUCAUUCGAUAUGGCGCCCUCAUUCCCUCCUCUGCUGGCCUCCAAGGUCACGCUCGCCAACGGCAAAACUAUUCCUCAGAUUCAGCUAGGCGUCUACAUGAUGUCUGGUGCCGAGGUCACCAAGUCCGUUCAUUGGGCUCUCCUCUCGGGCUAUCGCGCCAUCGACUCGGCCCAGAUGUACCACAAUGAGCGUGAGGCUGGUGCCGCCAUUCGGGGCUUCCUGUCCUCAUCGGAGAACACACUCGGUCUCACGCGAGAGGACAUUUGGUACACGACCAAGCUGGCCAACUGUAGUGCAGACUAUGACGAAGUUCGCAAGAGUAUCAAGCGCAGCGUCGAGGUCAGUGGGCUAGGCUACGUGGAUCUCUUCCUGUUGCAUAGCCCGUAUGGAGGCAAGAAUGCGAGAUUGACGAGUUGGAAAGCGGUGGAGGAUGCGAUUGAUGCUGGCGAGGUGAGGAUGGGCGGUGUGAGCAAUUAUGGUGCAAAGCAUAUUGAAGAACUUGUUGGCUCUAACCCGCGUAUCGCCCCGGUCAUCAAUCAGAUUGAAGUGCACCCCUUCAACACCCAGACUGGCAUCCGGAACACCUGCCUCAAGCACGGCAUCGCCAUCGAGGCGUACGCCCCCCUCGUUCGCGGCAUGCGGAUGAAGCACCCGCGCAUCCAGGAGUUGGCGACAAAGUACGCCUGCACGCCCGCACAAUUACUUGUACGCUGGAGCAUCCAGCACGGCAUGAUUACCCUGCCGAAGAGUGUGCGACGCGAGAGGUUGCUGGAGAAUGCGAGUGUCGAGAACGUGGACAUUAGCGGCGAGGACAUGGGGAUCCUGGACGGGCUGGAUGAGAGGCUUGUUACAGAUUGGGACCCGACCGAGACUGCAUGAGGAAGACAUUUUUCGAGGCCUGCGCAGAGGGAACACGGUAGAAUCAAUGAAGAGGGAUAAUUAGAUGGCAGGCGGAGAUAUUGAGGCGAUCUAUGAAUGCCGAGCUUCUGUUGACUUUCCCAGCUAAAGGGGUCCAAGAUCUACCUGGUAGUUAAGGCCUUCAGCAUGGAUAGCGAAGAUGUUCGCAGUUGGUGGUCGAAGUCGCCGGUUGAAUGCAAGUUUGAUUCCAUAAAUGGCCACUUGUAUUAAUAAAUCCCCGAUCAUGCUUUCUCGCCA